AUGGCGACCACUGCUGAGGAACCUCCCAAGCCCGACUCAGAGCGCACCAAGCAAGAGCAGUUGACGGAGCUUAUCGCAAAGGCGACGGCCGAAUAUGCCGUCAAACACUACUCGGAGGCAGCCGAGCUGUACUCUCAGGCGACGGAACUCCAAGCGGAGCUCAAUGGCGAGAUGGCACUCGAGAACGCCGAUCUGUUAUACUCCUACGGAAAAUGCCUGUACUUUCUAGCGCAGCAAACAAGCUCUGUCUUGGGCGGCACGGCGGCAUCAGCACAAUUAUCCUCGAACAAAUCUCAAAAGUCUGGGAAGAAGAGAAAGACGAAUGGCGCGGCGAAGGCAGGAGGAUCUACAAACGGAAACAGCGCCGGCGAAAGCUCCAAGUUGAUUGCUGCGAUACCCGAGGAGACGGUGCCCAAUGUGGGUGACGUUGUCCCCAAAGAAGACGUACAACCUCAAGAGACCACUGCAGACAAGCCCUAUUUCCAAAUCUCUGGCGAUGCCGAAGGUUGGGAUGAUUCGGAUGAGGAUGCGGAUGAGACAGAUCAGGACGAUGAAGCCGCUGAAGAAGAGGACGAUGACUUUGCCACAUCCUACGAGCUUCUGGAUUUGGCGCGCAUUCUGUAUCUCAAAAAGUUGGAACAGAGCCAGGAACAUGCAUUGGAGGACUCUGACAAAGGGAAAUACGUGGCGUCCAUAGAUCUCACACCAGAGGUCAAGGCACUCAAGACCCGUGUCGCGGACAUCUAUGAUCUGCAAUCAGAAGUAUCUCUGGAAGGGGAGAAGUACUCGAAUGCCGUCACAGAUCUCAAGGCAUGCCUCGCCCUGAGGGAGGAGCUUGAACCUCCGGAGUCGAGCAUCCUGGCCGAAUGUCACUACAAGCUCAGUUUGGCACUUGAGUUCAGUUCUCAGACACAGCAGCAUGACGAACAGGGAAACCCGACCGGCGAAGUGCAGGUCGAUUGGGAUAUCCGGAACGAAGCCAUCGCACAGCAGGAGAAAGCGAUUGACUGCUGCAAAUUGCGCGUCUCUAAAGAAACGGCUGCACUGGACAAGCUCGAUGCAGGUCCCCAAAAAGACAAGGUUAUGGCUCAGAUCGAGGACGUUCAGGACAUGAUUGCGGAAAUGGAAGUGCGCCUGGCAGAGCUUCGCAAACCACCCGUCAGCGUCAAAGAGGAGUCGGAAAGUCAGAUGAGAGCACAGAUUUCGGGAGUAUUGGGCAGUUUGUUGGGCAGCGGCGCAUCCGAAGAAGAGAAGAAGGAGAAAUUGGCUCAAGUGAGCCAGACAGCGACUGAUGUGUCGGGGCUCGUCAAGCGCAAGAAGCCAAAGAACACUCAAGCCAACGGAGGGGACAGUGGCUUCGGAUCUUCUGCUUCGACUCCAGCAGCGUUGCCGCCGACGGCAGAAGGAUCCAACCUGGGCAAGCGCAAGGUGGAAUUUGUGGACGAAGUGGAGGGGACUGACAACGGGAAGAAGGCGAAGGUCGAGGAUGCUGAGGACUCGGGACAUUGA